CCGGUACUCAUCUGCGAGCCAGGUGAACUGAAGCUCGAGGUCACGGACGGACGUCGCGAUUCACCCCAGGCGAAGGAGGGAAAAUAAACAUUGACCAGCCGUUCUUACACUACUACAAUAAGGUGUACCUACCUGCUAUCCGUGGCGACGUUGGCGAGCGAUCAGCUGGGAACCCCCCUCCCUAUGUCAGUGAAUCUUGCAUCAAACGGGACCAGACGAUUAUUGAAGUCGGCGGAGUCAACAUACAACUGCAGAGGACGAUCCGUGUCCCAGAUAACGACAAGCUACAAGCAUUGCCUCCCAAUAUGGGGGCGUUCAAGGUUUACAAUGUUGCGGACUUCGCAGACAACUCCCCCAGUCUGUAGUCAACAAAGGCGGUGUCUUCAUUGCUAUGUAUCAGAGGGAGGCCAUGUGGAUCUCUUUCUCUCAUCCUACGAACAGCAGGGUGCAUCCGCUGUGAAAGUAUCUGUUGGCGGAGUGAAUGCCCUCACUGGGACAGCACAGGGUAUGCAUAACGAAGGUGACCAGGAUUAUCUACCAAUCCACGACAGUGGUGGUCAACUAUGGCUGGAUGGAAUCUGUACUUCACCUGGUGUUGUCCGCCAGUUUGUUGCUAUGCCACUGGGCCAUGGUUACACUAUUGAGGGUCAGAUAACUGGCAAAGAGGAAGUUGGAGGAAUGCAGAUUGAUGUCUUCAAGCCAUACCCAACUGCUGUCACUUUCAGAUGCAAUGGAAAGGACAUGAACCUCUUUAGGUCACCAGCUCAACAGGGAUUGAGACCAUCAGUUUCUUUGUGGAUGCAUGACAGUGCUGACAUAUCUCAACAACUGGUACCAGGAGAUAUAGUGGCACAAGCAACCCUCACUGCUUGUACAAACAUACAGAUCAUUGCUUAUGAUAGUUGGCCAUUGACCAUCAAAACACUCAAUGGAAAAGAAAUCAAGGUGCCGUACGAUAAUCAACUUACCAUAGAUGGCCUCAAGGCACAAAUACAAGACAAGGAGGGCACUCCACAAGACCAACAGAGAUUGAUCUUUGCUAGUAAACAGCUGGAAGAUGGAAGAAUCCUAUCUGAUUACAACAUCAAGCCUGGGUCAGCCCUGCAUCUAGUCCUCCGGUUGAGAGGUGGUGGACUCGGAGAUGCAGAUGCCAUAGCUGGGUUUGCUGCAGGCCUUCCUGCCCCCUCUACUCCCGUCAGCACCUCCACUUACCUCGAGAACAAGCUGCCGUGGUUCACCCUUUACGACGAGCGUGUCCCGACUGCGAAGAUGAACUUUGAGGCGAAUCCACUCCCCAAAGUCAAGUCUGUCGCGGCGCUGGAUGCCGAACGCGGCAUGCAGAGAAAGACCACAUCGCAGAGGGGGUGCGCCUUCUGCGUCCACGGCAAGGCUGCCUUCCUCCUCCACCCCUGCUCUCACGUCGUCUGCGAGGACUGCGCGUCCGGGCUUGGCUCCGACGUCUGCCCCGCAUGCCCGACGACCGUUCGUCGCCGAGAGAGGUUCGUUGACGAAGAAGACAACCCGCAGUUCGGACUGGAGGCCGGAUCAUACGAGGACCGCGUCGUUCAUUUGAAGCGGUAUGCGAAGGGCGACAAGGUGGCGAGUUUUAUACUGCGCGAGCAUGCGGUCUCGAAGUUGUCGGGAGAUGGAAAGGCGUGAAUUCUGCCUCGAAUUUGUUCCGUGUUACAUCAUCCGUCUGUCUGUGCCAUGUACAAUAUAGCGAGUUCGAAAAGUCCAGAGAUAUUUGAACAUAGUGCUUCAUCUGAGUCCGGCGCAUUGUGCAUGUCGCGUGCGAGCGCUCGAGCGAUGUGGGCGACCGGUCCUUCGUCUUCUGAGCAGAACGCAUACGG